AUGAGAAAUGACAUCACCACUUUCUUCCAACAAGAUGGAGAAUCUUUAUAUGAGUCAUGGGAGCGUUAUAAGGAGCUGUUAAGGAAGGUCCCUCACCAUGGACUUCCUAUAUGGCUGCUAGUGCAAAUCUUCUACAAUGGUCUAACCGAAGCCAUCAAGACCAUCCAAGAUGCGGCAGCCGGGGACUCCAUCAACAAUAAGACCCCUGAAGUGGUCCAUGCCCACAUAGAGGAGAUGGCAGCCAACAACUACCAAUGGCAUUCAGAGAGAGCACAAGUGAAAAAGCAGCUUGGUCUUCACAAUGUGGACACAUACACAGCUCUAUCUAUGCAAAUAAGAGCACUUAGCAAAAAAAUUGAGGAGAUGCAGAUGGCAGCCUUGCAUGUGCAGUCCGUGACAUGUGAUUGGUGUGGGGGAGGCCACAUCAGCACUAAAUGCCAAGUUGGCAAUCAGUUUAGGCAGUCCACAGAACAGGCUGACAUUGUUGGCAACUUUCCAAGGCAGCAAUACAGUCAGAACCACCAUGCAUUCAACCCCGGAUGGAGGGGCUACCCAAAUCAGUCAUGGCCUAAUCAGCAUGGGCUGAAGCCCUUUCCCCAAAAUUUACAUCAGCCAGAAAAGAAAUCUAACCUAGAGGAGCUGAUGACCAAGUUCAUAGACAGUGCUGAAACCAUAUUUCAGAACCAAGAGGCCUCAAUAAAGAACUUGGAAAAUCAGGUUGGGCAGUUGGCGCAAAUGAUUUCUGCAAGAAUACCGGGCACUCUACCAAGCAAUAUAGAAGUGAAUCCACGAGAACAAGUGCAAGCUAUCACUUUAAGAAGUGGUAAGGAGCUGCCGGAAGUAGAGAAGAAAGCAAGGGCUGAAAACAAGGCAGAUGCAACCCUUGAAACCGAAAACAAGAAGGAGGAGCAAUCUGAACCGCUGCAAGAAAGACACCAACAACCGCAAGUUCCCAUUCCCAAUAGGCUGAAGCAACACAGGUUGGAAAAGGAAUUUGUUGAUUUCAUUGUAUUAGACAUGCAAGAAGAUGUUGAUGUUCCUCUCAUCCUAGGGAGACCUUUCCUAGCUAUGGGGAAGGUAAGCAAAAUGGAAGAUCCUCUUGAACUUUGCCAACAAGAAGGAGGAGUUGCAAAGGAAGAAAAUGAAGAGGUUAACCGCAUGACAGCAUACCUGAAUGCCAAGCCACAGUUCCAUGGGAAAGGAUUUCUCAAGUUGGAGAGCUUGGGCAGACCACCAAUGCCAAUAAGCAAGCCUUCAACUCAAGAACCACCCACCCUUGAACUGAAGUAA